AGCACAAAUUAAUUAAAGCAGCUCGUCACUUUGCUUAGAAAACUGAAAAAGAAUGAUUCUCUCUCAAAAGGAAACCCCAAAGGAACCUCUUAAUCUUAAACACUACUUUACUCAUAUACAUAUAAUUAGAUCAAUAAUUCAACCUUAUUUUCAUCUCUUUCAGAAGCAAGACAAAACUUACCUGGAUGGAAACCGAGGAUGAAGCUGCCAUCAACUUCUCUUACGAUGAUUUCGAGCCCUUCUGCAGGUGGCGAAGAGAGGAGAAUUGUGACUUGCUUGAGGUCCAUGGUCUCCAAGAUUUCAAAAGGGAGCAACUCAACGUGAGAAUGAAGCUCGGCACCUUAAUCAUAACAGGAGAACUCCCUCGGAAGAAUAAUAUUAGAAGUCGUUUCAGAAAAGAAAUCAGAAUUCCCAAAAAUUGCAAAAUAGAAGAGAUUCGAGCAAAGUUUAAGAAAAGAGGAAUUCUGUGUAUAUCAUUGCCUAAGAAAACCUCCUCAGCAUCAUCCAAGAAAGGAAGCAAUACUAGAGAUGAAAAAAAAUGUUUGCCAUCAAAUUUCUUGGCUGUGGCUGUGGUCAUACUUUCCAUGGCUAUUGCUGCAUUUGCGUACAAAUACUACUUGAGGGCUAAUUGAAUUCAAUGUAUAAUCUAAAUAUUGAAUAUACAUGUGUGUGGUUUUGCCGUUUUGGCUUUUAAAUGUGAAUCACACUAUGCACUACCUCUUUAAUUCAAGAAAAUUUGAUUAAA